ACGUAAAUGAAUGCGAGACUAUUCCCGACCUCUGCCAGAAUGGUCAGUGUAUCAACACCUUGGGAUCGUACAGAUGUAUUUGUAACAAGGGGUACAAGCUGGACAAUUCCGGUUUGUACUGUUUAGACAUCAACGAAUGUCUACACAACGUCUCCCACUGCCAGUACAACUGCCAGAACACCGAGGGCAGUUUCAUCUGUUCGUGUCCUUACGGGUUCCUCCUCAAUCCGGACGGUUUGACUUGCCGUGACUUGGACGAGUGUGCCACGGGACAGCACAUCUGCCAGCAGAAGUGUAUCAAUACCGAGGGAAGCUACAAGUGCGGAUGCGAGGAGGGAUAUAGUCAGAUCGGGGAUCGAUGCCAAGAUAUAAAUGAGUGUGAUGAAGUGGGCAUCUGUCCAAAGCCGGGUAGGUGCGUAAACACACUCGGCAGCUUUAGGUGCAUCUGCCCGAGAGGCUUCAAACUGUCGACGUCGGGAACUUAUUGUUUGGAUUCUGACGAGUGCGAGGACGACUCCAAGUGUACGGAAGGCUGUCAAAACUUAGUNACAGAGCUUAGCCCGAGAACAACAAGGACAGGUGAAAGAUUCCUAGUUAAAGCUAAGGAAGUAAAAA